GCAUUUUCUACAAUCCAGAGUAAACACGCUUCUGGCAUAUGAACUAUGUACAGGCUUCUGGCAUAUGGACUAUUGACUAUUGGACUAUUGAUGCUUCUCAGUCCUCCCUCCGCUCGCACAGCCUGGUGUUUCCAAUGCGAGAAGACAGUUGCAGAUUUACCUUGUCCUGAAAUUCCAGAGUUCUGCUAUGCAGGUGCAGGAGUAGACUGCUAUACACAGAAUCUCUAUAUCGGACAUACCAUUGUCCGGUCUGAAGUUGGCUGUCUUCCAGAUUGCAAGACUGAAUCCCUACCAAAUUCCUUCAUGUGGCAUGAGGUCAUUUGCUGUUACCAUGACUAUUGCAACGAAUAAACUGGUGGAAGAGGUUAAAAAACCCAAAGGCUGGAAAAUCAGCAGAUGCAUCAUGUUCCUGCUUCCCCAACUUUCUCCCCUUUCUUUUUUAUUAUUUUAUUUUAAAUAGAUAGAAAUUAACAUAAAAAGAAAAAAGAAACCAGAAUCAAGUCAGUGUUACAAUUAGAUCCAAAGACUAAGA